AUGGCGCACCACAUCGCCAGAGACAUGGCCUACUCCGCCAUAGGUGGUAGCUCCGGCGAGGGUUCGGCUGUUCCCCGGCGGACGACUUCAGCUCUGGCGAGCGCCUUCGAUCUCAGGCGACAAAGUUCUGCUACGCGCAUGUACCGAGAUCCUCCAAUUGUUUUCUCUGAUGCUCCUCCGGCUGGAUCCACUGCAAAUUGGCAUACCGAAGAUGGGGCGGCAAAUGAGGAGAGUUUUGUUCAGCAACCUUUCACAAGUCAUGGUGGUGGGGAUUCAGGUGGUGUCCUAAACACUCACGGUGGAAUGCAUGAUGCAGAUGAGGAUGAUGAUAUUUCAUCUCAGCCACUUCUGCCCUAUGUUGGCAUGGAAUUUGACUCAAUUGAAGAUGCCCAAAAGUUCUAUAAUGACUACGCAUUUGGAACGGGUUUUGGCUCACGCAUAGCUUCCUCAAAGAACAGCCAGAAGAAAGGUCCACAACAACUUAUCAAGAGGGUCUUCCAAUGUGUGCAUGCUGGCAAACCGGAGACUACAUGUGAGACAAGCAGCCACUCGGAAGGAAUUGCAGCAGGGGGAAGCUCAUCAAGCAAGCAGGCCGGGGUUGAAAUGGAUGUGACAGUCAAGCGUCAGAGGAAUCGGAUUAUGCGUUAUGAUUGCAAAGCUCAUAUGAUUGUUGGCCUCAGGGGCAAUAAGUGGGUUGUUACCUACUUUGUUGCACAGCAUACACACCCUUUGAUGCAGCAUGAGGAGAUUGUGAGGUUCUACCGCUCACAUCGCAAAAUUCCAGAAGAAGAUUACCAACUACUGAUGACAAUGCAUGAUGUAAACUUGUCAACUACAAAUUGCAUGGGAAUGCUUGGAAUGGUCCAUGGCGGAGACCGGAGGAAACUGCCAUAUGUGAAGAGGGAUGUUUCAAAUGCGCGUUCCAAGCUGCGACAAAAUCAGUCAUUUCAGGACAUGGAUAUGACGGUUGCUUACUUUAAGAGGCGUCAAGCUGAGAAUGCUCAAUUCUACUACGCAACAGAAGUUGACAAAGAAACAAACGAAGUGACAGCUCUGUUUUGGGUGGAUGGAAGGACAAGAGCAUUGUACCCAAAGUACAAAGAUUGUGUGUUCUUUGACACAACAUUUUGCACAAAUCGGUACAAUCUGCCUUUCGCUCCUAUUGUUGGUGUGAACAACCACUUGCAAACCGUGCUGCUAGGUUGUGCCUUGGUGCCAAAUGAACAAAUAGAAACUUUCAAGUUUGUGUUUCAACAUUGGAUGAUUGCAAUGAAUAAUGAGCACCCGUUGAACCUAAUGACUGACCAGGACAAGGCAAUGGAAACAGCAAUAAAAGAUGUCUUCCCAAACACAGUGCAUAGGUGCUGCAAAUGGCACGUCCAGCGAAAAGCAAGGGAAAAGUUGGGUAGGAUCCUGAGCAUGGAUGAAAAUUUUGAGCAGGUUUUCUAUGGGGUUAUCAAUGAUUCGGAGACGGUGGAUGAGUUCGAGGAGAAUUGGCAGCAUAUGCUGCAUUGCUUUGAAUUGGUUGACAACAGACAUCUAAGCAACAUGUGGCGUAAGCGAGAGACAUGGGCUCCAGCAUACUUCCGAAAGAACUUCUUCCCAUUUACAAGCACUACAGGGCGGUCUGAGGGUCUCAACUCCUACUUCAAGACAUUUGUCAACCCUCAAGACUCUGUCUGGAGAUUUGUACAACAAUAUGAGGUGCUUCAAGAAACAAUGUUGGACCGUGAAGACAAUCAAGCUUUCAUAGGCCACGCAACAACUGCACCACUUUACUCAAGUUCACUUCUAUACCCGAGAAGCGUGUUUCUCAAGUUUCAAAAAGAGGUCAUGGCAUCAACAGGCUUCAUCAUGAACCUGGCCCCUGCUCUUGACAAUGCAAGCGUGAGGUUUGAGCUGCACUCAAAUUACUUUGAGAACCCCCGAAUAUUUUCAGUGAAUGUUGUGUUGGCAGAGGAGAAGUUUGAAUGCAGCUGCAACUGUUUUGAGAUGAAUGGGAUUAUUUGUGCACACAUCAUAAGGGUAAUGGUGCAUCUCAAUGUCCAAAAAAUUCCACAAAGAUACAUGCUAGAGAGGUGGUCAGAAGCUGCGACAACGGCAAUGAGUGGUGGUGGAUGUCUCCUAGAUUUUGGGCACCCUGCAACCAACACUCUCAAGUACAACGCCUUGUGCAGAAAGUAUACAUGGUUGGCUUCACAAGCUUGCAGCAACGAUCUUGCCUACAAAAUAAUGAAUGAUGCAGCUCACCAACUUGAGCCCCUCAUAGCUGCAGCAAAGCAAGGGGCGCUCCCAGAACAACAGGAAGCAAAUCAGCCGCAAGCAAUGCAACAGCAACAACAAACCCCCGAGCCAACCACUGUGCCGCAACCUGAUGGCGAUGCCAUGCUUCAGAACCCCGCACGUGUUCCAAAAAAAGGGCGUCCGACUGAAAAAUCAAAGAGGAGAAAGACUCUGCUUGAGCAACGAGAAGAUGCACAUAAGAAUAAAGCUAAGAAAGAUGAAAAGAAGCAAACCAAGGCCAGAGGAAAACCUGGACCAAAGAAGAAAGCGCCUCCUUGUUCGUACUGCAACGAAGAAGGUCACGGUGUCCAAACAUGCCAGUACUUGAAGGCUGCAAUGGGGGUCAAAAAAUGUCCCUACUGUGAAGAGCAAGGUCAUGCUGUGCAAGAAUGUCCCUACCUAAAAGCUGCAAUGAAGACAGAUGCUAGCAUGGCUAGAGCAACAGAGCUUAGGCUGUGA